AUGUCCGCCAUCAACAUUACCGCACGCGAGCAAGAGCUGCUCUGCGCAGUCCUCGAGGUGAUGAAGGCCGACAUCAACUGGCCAGAGGUUGCCAGAAUUGGCAACUACAACACCCCCAAGCAAGCCCGUGACCGUUGGCCCAUCGUGCGCAAGAAGCUCAUUGAGGGCAGCGGCAAGGCCACUGGCUCCGGCGACGACAGCGCAGCUGCUACCCCAACUACCAAGCCAAAGAAGACUCCAGCUUCUCGCAAGCGCAAGGCUGCCGACGAAGACGACGCAGAGGACGCCACUCCAUCCAAGCGCAGCAAGACACCAAAGGGCAAGAAAGCAGACACGCCAGUCGCUGAGGACGAUGACGAAAAGGACACGGUCAAUGGCAACGUCAAAGCCGAGCCAACCGAAGGCGAGGAUGAUGACUAUCUUUGA